AUGCUUAAGAACUCUACCUGGAAGCUCGAGGAGACUAACUUGGCCGAGUUUGGAGGCCAGCUCGAGAAGGAGCACCGCAAGGAGGAAGGCUCACUCGAGGAGGCCUGGGGAAAGGAGACCGGCGUCGGUUCCCAGACCGGUCUCUGGAUCUGGCGCAUUGAGAAGUUCCAGGUCGUCGCUGUCGCCAAGAAGGACUAUGGUCACUUUUACAACGGCGACAGCUACAUCAUUCUCAACUCGUACCAGAAGAAAGACUCGGAUGUGAUUCUUCACGAUAUUCACUUCUGGCUCGGAAACGACACUAGCCAGGACGAGGCUGGAACCGCUGCCUACAAGACCGUUGAGUUGGAUGACUACUUGGAUGGCAAGCCCGUUCAGCACCGUGAGGUUGAUGGAUUCGAGUCAAAGCAAUUGUUGUCGUACUUCAAGACCUUCUCGACCCAGAAUGGAGGUGUCGAGACUGGAUUCCACCACUGGACUGAGCCCGAGUACCCCUCGCGCCUGUUGAUUGUCAAGUCUGCCCCCGUCAAUGGCGGUCACCGCUCGUCGGUUGUUGUCCGCGAGGUGGCCAACUCGAUGAUCAACAGUGGUGAUGUCUUUAUUGUUGAUACUGGCAAGGUCCUCUACCAGUGGAAUGGAAAGAAGAGCUCUGGUAUUGAGAGGGUCAAAGCUGCCGAGUAUGCCCAUGGCAUUGAGGCUGACCGUUCUGGAGAUGUCACCGUCGAGACCUUUGACGAGGGCGACCGUGAUAGCAAGGUUUUCUGGGCUGCCCUUGGUGGCGAGGUUGAGGUCAAGGAUGCUGAGGAGGUCGCUGACGAGCCUGAGUAUGUCAAGAAGCUGUACCGCCUGAGCAACGCCGGCGGAAAGCUCGAGUUCACAAAGGAGGGAUCGGGUCCUGAGGUCAACAGCGGUCUCUUGGAUUCGAACGAUGUCUUUAUUCUGGAUGUUCAGCACGAAAUCUUUGUGUGGGUCGGAGCCAACGCCAACGCCGUCGAACACAAGAACGGCAUCCACUAUGCCCAGCAGUACCUCAAGAGAGAGGGUCUCCCUUCUCAGACCCCCAUCUCCAAAGUUAUGGAGGAGGGCGACCAUACCAUGUUCGACAAUGCCUUGAACCGUUUCUAA